GCCGUGCAGAAAGCCGGCGCUGCGCAUGCGCCACAAGUGUGUUGUUGUUUGUGGCGGUAAGAUGGCGGCGCUCGGAGACACCUCAGCUCCGGGGGUGAACGGGUUAAUACAACAAUUCACAGCAAUAACAGGGGCCACAGAGAGUGUAGGAAAACACAUGCUUGAAGCAUGCAACAACAACCUGGAAAUGGCUGUAACCAUGUUCCUGGAUGGAGGAGCAAUAGCAGAGGAACCCAGCACCAGCUCAAGUUCAGCGGCGUCGAGCAGCAGAGCUCCUCCAACAGAUGAAGUGCGCGCUCCCAUUCCCCAGAAGCAAGACAUAUUGGUGGAACCAGAACCAUUAUUUGGAGUGCCAAAGCGAAGACGGCCUGCUCGAUCGAUAUUUGAUGGUUUCAGAGACUUCCAGACAGAAACAAUUCGCCAAGAGCAGGAGCUUCGUAACGGCGGGACUGUUGAUAAGAAACUGAGCACCUUGGCAGACCUCUUCCGUCCCCCUAUUGAGCUCAUGCACAAAGGCAGCUUUGAGACGGCUAAAGACUGUGGACAGCUGGAAAACAAAUGGCUUAUGAUCAAUAUUCAGAAUGUUCAGGACUUUGCUUGCCAAUGUCUGAACAGGGAUGUGUGGAGUAACGAUGCAGUAAAGAACAUAAUCAGAGAACAUUUCAUAUUCUGGCAGGUUUACCAUGACAGUGAAGAGGGGCAACGAUACAUUCAGUUCUAUAAGUUGAACAAGUUUCCCUACAUUUCCAUUUUGGAUCCACGCACAGGUCAAAAAAUGGUGGAGUGGAACCAGCUGGAUGUGACGUCUUUUCUGGAGCAGGCCACCGGUUUCCUGGCAGAACACGGGCAGCUUGACGGGCCGUCCUGCCACGGACCACCUGCUAAACGAGCUCGCUCUGAGAGUCUAAUUGACGCCAGUGAAGACAGCCAGCUGGAGGCAGCGAUCCGAGCCUCGUUACAGGAAACCCACUACGAGUCCUCGAACGCCGCCGAGGCGCCGGACUCCCCGAGAUCAGAAGACGACUCCGACGAAGAGGCCUUCUCCGACAGCGAAGGACCCAUCUCCGUCGACGGCUCCGACAGCGAACCACCGACGCCCCUCGCCGCCUCGGCGGCCCAGCAGCGUCUCCAACCCGACAGCUCGACCUCUUCCUACAGAAAGUCCCCGUACAAAGAAAACAAUCACAGUCACAAAAAGGAGGAGAGCAAAAAGAACCAUCUGGAACCACCUUCGGCUCCAGCUCGUCAUCCUCAACCCGAUGCCGACUCUGGAGGGAUCAACUGCUCCGCACAAGCAGAAAGUGCGUCAUCUUCCAAGAUCAGCACCACCACGGCCUGUGAGGUGGACUGUCCUGACGACAACGGUCCCAAAGCCAGAUUGAUGCUCCGCUACCCCGACGGACAGAGAGAGCAAAUUUCUUUGUCUGCUAAAGCGAAACUUUUGGCCCUGGUCAGACACGUCCAGUCCAAGGGUUACCCUAACGAACGCUUUGAACUCGUCACCAACUUUCCUAGACGGAAGCUGGCCCACUUGGACUAUGAGAUCACGCUGCAGGAAGCCGGCCUUUGUCCACAGGAGACUGUAUUUGUGCAGGAGAGGAACUAGCCCUCCCAGACACGUUGGCCAUCAGCUUGUCCAUGUCACCAAUGUUCAAUACUGGCUGAAUAACUUUCUUUUGUGAAAGUUAAGCAGAAGGACCCCCCUCCCAUCCUCACCCACCCCUCCAUCUCUUCAACAGGACAGCUGAUGGACUCCUCCACGUAACUCCACUAUUCUCCGUACACUGAAAAACCCCAAUUUCUUUGUAGUCCUCUUAAACCCGACCAGUAAACUGUUUCAGAUGUAAGCACUCUUUAUUUUUUUAAUAUUACCUGGUUUACUCUGAUGCAGCUCUUUGAACUCUGAGGCACAUCAGGACCCAAAACAAACACGUCUCCUGUACAAAAAACAACAAGAUACCAAACUGAAACACCACAUCACUGAUUAAAGAAAGGCCAUCCAGGACUUUUACUUCCCAGAAAAGGACUGUAAAAGUCAGAGUUUAUUUUCCAGCUCUUGUUAUAUCUGUACAUUUGGACAAGUAAAGGGAGAUCUGUCCUUGUC